UCCUUCAUUCCUUCCACCCAGGCCCCAAGCUAUUAAUACCACAACCAAAAACUACUUCACCUAUCAAUUACUCUCAUGAUCCAUUCCAACAUUCAACACAACACAACACAACACAAAAAUCUCACUUCAUUUUCUCUCUCAAACACAAUGCCCAAGAUAAUGAAAAUACCAUCACUCUUCAAAACCCAAGACCCCAAACAACCAUGGCAAUGGUCCUCAUGCAACAACCCCAAAACCCUUUCCUUCCGAGCAACCAACGACAAGGUUUUCAAGACCAUCAACUCCGCCUUCCUCGACACCUUCGAUGGCCCCGCCACCCCCGACUCUUGGUUCACCUACUCCUCCUCAGAGUGCGCCAGCACUGCUUUCUCCACUGACGAACACUCUGAGGACAACAACACCGACAAUGACAAUGACAAUGACAAUGACAACAAGGCGCUAGAGAUGAUCAUCCGAGACGGGAGGUCAUCGGAUAGGCUCUUCUUCGAGCCAGGCGACACGAGCUCGAGGCUCCUCGACAAGGAGGCAAGGAAGAAGUUGAGCGGGCCGUUCGAGGAGAGCGUGGCGCUGGCCGUGGAGUCGGACGACCCAUACAUGGAUUUCAAGGAAUCCAUGCAAGAGAUGGUGGAGAGCCAUGGAAUGGAGGAGUGGGACCUCCUGGAGGAGCUGCUCGGUUGGUACCUGAAGAUGAAUGCUAAACACAACCAUGGCUUUAUUGUUGGUGCCUUCGUCGAUCUCCUCGUUGGAAUCGCCAUGGAUUCUUCCACCACCACCACAGCCCUUUAUCGCUCCGAUUCGACUUCGUAUUCGUCAGCCGAUUCUUCUUUUUCUUCUCCUUGAUGUAGUACAAUGUUAGCAUUUAAUUAUGUAUCUGUCCCUCCAACAUAUUCACUGUGUAUACUAGGUUUUAACAACUAGGCUCUCAGAAUCAAUGCUUUUGGCUCUCUCCCUCUCUUACACAGAUUAAUUACUAAUUGAUAGAAAAUUUAUGGACCAUUAA